UUUCAAAGCUAAAUGGCAGAGGCAGGCCAAACACAGUUUUUAAGGUGUAAACUGGUCGUUUUUGAUGUUUUAACAAAUAUAAUGCGAAAAUAUAUGGCUCCAGAAGGUAUCGCACCAAAGGCAAUUUAUAAUAGCAUAAUACAAUCCAAAGCAUUUAAAAGGAUUUUAACAACACAAGAAUUUGAAAGAAUACAGAACCUUGAAACAGCUGGGUUUGAAAAUUUCGAUAUUAACUUAAUGUACAAGAUUGCGAAAUUCCCCAUGUUUUCAAUGAUAAUUCCAGACGUACCAACACGUAAAUGGGGCUCAGAACCGUCAUCAAAUGAAAACUCAAUUGGAGAUAACAUUAUGCGUAUUGUCAAUCGCAGGAAUGAGUUAGUUCAUAAACACAAUACGACCUUCUUGGAUUCAGAAUUUGAAGACCUUUUUGAUAAAUAUCUAGACAUUGGUCGACGAGCUGAGAAACAUCUUUCAUUGAGUGAAGAAAGCCUGAGAAGUCAAAUUAGAAAAUACAAAACAUGUUGUAUUGACAAAAACAUGGAAGAGAAAAUUGAUAAAUUGUCUAGGGAAAAUGAAGAUCUUAAGAGAAUAUUGUUUAAGUAUCAAUCAAAGGAUGGUGUUAAUUUGGAAAUGUACGCUUCAAUCGGAACGCAAACUAUGAUUGAUUGUUUCCAGGCUACGCCAUCAUCUGAAGGAACCAGUUCAGCAGAGUUAAGAAUACUUGGUAUAGAAAAUUCAGCUGAGAGAGCCAACCUGAUUUAUUCAAGGAGGGAUGAUAUAAACACAGACAAUAUAUCCAUCAACAAUGCAACGGAUGGAAGUUUGUUACUCUUCUUGACAAUAAGAAACAGCAUAUUUAUAAGUGACGAACUUAUAGAAAUUGAAAUAAAAAAAUUCAUUGACAACGUAUUUGAUAUUGCAGAUUUGAGAUGCAGUAAAAUUGGCCAAUGCAAUUUGAUUCUACACAUUGAAAACAACAGCGAUUGUAGUGAUAUGGAGGAAUUGGAAAGUGAUAAUGACCUUGUUUUACAUCUUGAUAUAAAGAAUAGUGCGUUCAAAACUGAUUAUUCCAUUUCACAAACCUUCAAUCAAUUUAUUUCAAAUGUUUUAACAAGCAUGAAUGGACAGCCUUUGACAAAUAGAAGAGAGGUUACAGCUAUACUUGAUGUGAAGGAAAACGAAUUGGCCGUGGUUAGCCCAUUUGGUCAAGCUCAAAAGGCGAUUGAGCACGACAAAGGAAAAGAUGAAUACAGCAGUGAAAAGAAAGGCGAUAAAACAACAACAAUUAAAAACAAUGGAGAUAAAGAUUCCAGGUGUCACAAAGACAACCGUUUGAAGUAUAGAAUACCUUUACUGAUGAUAUUUGCAGUCAUAAUCGUGAUCGUUGCUGUUUUUGGUAAUAUUGUUUACAAUAGGAUCAUGGAAACUAGAAUUGUGACACCAUUAGAUAUUCCAAAGAUAAAUUCAGAAAAUGUAACUGGUGCAGAUAUCAAUUCUGAAUUAUUUUGGGGUACUUAUAGAUCCAAUUUAUAUUUUGGAAUGAAAACCAGAUCUCCGAAAUCUCCAGUGAUUGGACUUAUGUGGUUUGAACAAUCCUUGUCUGAAAAUGCAUGGCAGCAGCAUGUACCCAAAAUUAGACACUGGUGUGAUCAAAGACACAACAUAUCAAAAUAUGGAUGGUUGAGACACGACGGGAAAAACUUCGGCAUACAAGAAAUUGUCGAAAACACUUUCAUAUUCAAUACUUCUUUUGUAAAACGAGCAGGCGGAAGCCAUGGUGGUGAUUGGUCAGCAAGAAUAACAGCCAUGCCAAAAGAUAUCAAGAAAAAAGUCAUAGUGUCUUUUCUCGUAUACUUUGCAUUUGAAGGUGGUGACGGAAAUAUGGUACCUGUUAUGAAUAGCGAAGACAGUAUUGAUUACAUAAAUGGAUCAACCAGCGAUUUAGGCUAUUUUCAACUUAAGUUUCCGCCAACGAUAUUGUCAAAAAAAGUUAAAUUUUCACACAAGAUGAUACAUUAUUCAAACCUUACUCAAUUAGAAUUACUCGUAAAAGCUUAUAUGACAAUCAAUUUUUGGAAUACUACACAUUAUUUCAAUUCUUUAGACGGGGAAGGUGGUAAUUCUGGGAAUGUUCUUGUUUACCAGGUUACAGCAGAGGUUCCCGUUCAAUUUGACAUUGUAUUCGAAUCUUUGAGCUUCCACAAAAGACAGGAAUGUCUUAAAGAUAGUGUUUUCACGCGAGAAUUUAAUGGAUAUUCACAAUCGUUCGAUGACCGUUUUUCGUCUAUUUUUAAGCUGAAAACAAGAGGCUACGACACAAAAUCAAUUGAUUUUGCCAAAGCAGCUUUAAGUAAUUUACUUGGAGAAAUAAGCUACUUUUAUGGGUCAUCCCUUGUAAAAUCAAAGUACAACCAGAUACCUAUUGAUUAUUGGUAUUCUCCUUUGUAUACAUCUAUUCCAUCUAGGUCAUUAUUCCCCAGGGGAUUUUUAUGGAACGUCGGCUUUGAUAAUAUUCUAAUCAGCCUUUGGAAUUCUACAAUUUCUGAAGAAAUAAUUGCCCAUUGGUUAGAUUUGGUCAAUAUUGAAGGCUGGAUACCUAGGGAACAAAUUUUGGGAGAUGAGGCUAGAGCUAAAACCCCAGAAAAAUUCAUUGUUCAGGAAAAUGAUAAUGCUAAUCCACCAACUCUGUUUCUUACAAUUCAAAAUCUUGUAUCAAGAAAUUUGACAAAUACGGAUUUUUUAAGAAGGAUUUUUCCAAGAUUGAAGAUGUGGUUGAACUGGAUUAAUGUUAGCCAGGUUGGCAACAACCCACAUACGUACUAUUGGAGAGACCGGAACAGGGACACCAUGAAAUUUAAUCCUUUAACUUCAUCAUCUGGUUUUGAUGACUAUCCUCGCGCCUCACACCCUACCACAGAUGAACGCCAUGUGGAUCUUAGAUGUUGGAUAGCUAUGGCUUAUGGUGUAUUAUCUGACAUAGCCAAGAUAAUACAAGAGGAAUGGCAAGAUUAUGAGGCCACGUAUAAGCUUCUGAUGAAUAAUGAUAUUCUUGACAACCUCCAUUGGUCACCUGAAAGGCAAAUCUAUAGCGACUACGGUUUUCAUACAGAUGAUGUAACAUUGCAUAAUCAGACAGUGAAUGCUACAACUAAACCAAAACUUCGAUUCAUCAAUUCAUUUGGAUAUGUGAGUUUGUUUCCCUUGAUGCUAAAAAUAAUCAAUCCUGAAUCCCCUAGGCUCCACAAGAUACUCACAAACCUAAUCGAUCGAAAGUUAUUGUGGACUGACUAUGGAUUACGGUCACUAGAAACGACAUCUCCAUUUUACCAAAAGUGGAAUACAAUAGAUGAUCCUCCGUAUUGGCGGGGAGCAAUUUGGAUUAAUAUGAAUUAUUUAACUCUAAGUGGUCUACACUAUUAUUCGAACACACCCGGAAAAUAUAAAAACCUAGCUGCAACAAUAUACAAAGAUCUUAGGAAUAAUAUAGUCACUAAUGUGAUAAAUGAAUAUUAUAAAAAAGGUUACAUCUAUGAGCAGUACAACGAUAACACGGGAGAAGGAAAGGGCUGUCAUCCUUUUUCCGGGUGGUCGGCACUUAUUGUGGCAAUUAUGGCAGAAAAAUAUAAUUAAUCCGUUUUUAGUGGAAUGGAGCUGUUUUUUAAACAAAAAGAUAAUCAAAAGAUAAAAAGUGCACAUACUAUACUGCUGUUUGUGUUAAAAAAGAAUAGGGGAUCAGAAAAAAAAAUAUUUUUUUGGAGACACAAUGCAUCAAAUAUGGGUGGAUUUUGUAAAUUUUGACGACGAAAAACUUUCGAACAGUGUAAUUUAAUUAUGUUACAGUGAUUGUCUUAACCGAAAAAUUGUAAACGCGUUAAACUUUUUCGUUAAAAGUACAAUUAAAUCCUUCUAUUGUUUCUGCGAACAUACAACGCAACGCUAUUUAGGGAGUAUGCCAUUGCCGAUUGAUGACGGCGUAAUUACUGCGAGGGCGAACCUUUAACAUUUUAAAAGUUGAUUAGAUGAAGACGAAUGCCAAUGCAGUACAAAGAAGGGUCAUUAUUCAUAUCUCAUUAAAGGUUCUUAUCCUGAUGUAUGCAUGUAAUAUUUGCGAAAGGUCGUAAAACAUCUAUUCAUUAUCAUCAUCGUCGUAUUUUAUCGGUGAUUGAUUUUAAGUUUCUAUAGAAAUUUAUUCUUUGAAAAAUAUCCAAACUGUGCUAUAAACUUUCCCCGAUGCCAUCGAAUCAAAAUUUUAUUCAUACAUAUACUGUGAAUAUUUGUUGUUUGGCAUAUUGAUGAGAUCACUGAUUCUGUCUUCAGAUUACUGGCUGAGAACUAAUUUUGUUUUUCUUCUUCGAGAAGCAACAUAACAGUUUAUUUGGGAAAUAUAAAUUCUAAAUUUAUUCGUAUAAACGUAAUUAUGUCAAUGUUAAAGAAAGUUCAAGUUUUAUGCAACUGUCAUAUAAGUUACAGGUUUAGCUAGCUAUAAAACCAGGUUCAAUCCACCAUUUUCUACAUAAGAAAAUGCAUGUACCAAGUCAGGAAUAUGACAGUUGUUAUCAAUUCGUUUGAUGUGUUUGGGCUUUAUGUUUUGCGGUUUGAUUGGGAACUUUCCGUUUUGAGUUUUCCUCGGAGUUCAGUAAUUUUGUGAUUUUACCUUUUUCGAAAGCCAAGUAUUGAGAAAAGCAAUUAAAAGACAAAUUAUUCGAUAUUCUGAGAUAAUUACAUGCAUCCGUAUGCAUUUGGACAAAACAUUUGCGUUAUCCCCAGGAGUAUAAAAGUUAUAUAUAUAUUAUGAUAGAUAAAUUUGUCGAUAAACAUUUAUAGUUAAACAUGCUCUGUUUGCUUGCAAAUUUUAUUAUAAUCUGAUAGGCUGGUCCUCUCCCUUGCAACACACGGGUAUCUCAGACACUAAACAGAUAAAAGACAGGGAACCAUGAGAUCGCCAACUGUUAUACCUAUUACUUUAGACGUUGCUUUCAGACGUUUUUCCCAUGUGCAGCCUUUUCAAAUUUCUAGGCUUUUUCUUCGAAUUAUUCCUUUUUCCAGUGCGGUGACCCUGAGCUUUUUUUUCAUUCGUAAUAAUUACAUUAGUUGUAUGGUUCAUUAUCAUACGUUAUUUUUAUUGGCUAACAGCAAUCUCGAGUCAUUCUUCAUUUCAAAAUGAAUUGUAACAUACAUGAUGACACACGUUUUCACAAUAAAAUGUACAGGUAAAUAAAAGAAAGACUUGAUAGUAA